UCUUUCUGUUUGCCCUCAGAGAUCUCCGCCUCCUGCUUUCGAAGGACGAGUGCAUUUAGGGUACGGGUCUACCUUAUGCUCCAAAGCUUUCAGUUGCAUAAGGUACCUUAGGUACCUUAGUUGUACAACCUUCAGCCUCAUCGCGAGGGAACAGUCCGCCUGAGGUCGCGUCAGUGCCAGCCGGACUCGACCAACCACAAGCUGUUGAGAUGGCGUCAAUUGAACGACCGAACCAGCCGCUAUGCGAGCUACGAGAUACUUCAGCUCAACCCAAGCGCCCCUACCCGCCCAUCUCGUCGAUCCCACCAACUCCCGACUCUCGACUUCGUGCCCCGCCGACCACGGCCACGUCCGUCCUCUACCUCGCCUACGGCUCCAAUCUUUGUGCCGAGACCCUUCUGGGCGUCCGCCGAGUCCGACCCCUUUCCCAGGUCAACGUCUCGGUCCCAACCCUCGAUCUCGUUUUCGGCCUCCCCGGCCUUCCUUACACUGAGCCAUGUUUCGCCAACACGGCGCUGCGCAAGGUCCCUGGCCUGCCGGAUCCUUCAAAACCGCCCAAGAUUCCGCCCAUCACCCCUCCCUUCACUGCUUCCGGCUCCAGCUUGAACGAUGCGAUGGAUGACCGUCUACAAAAGAAAGAUGCAAGGAUAGAGCGAGGGAAACAACCACAACAGAAGGGUUGGACACAUGGCCUGUUUGGUGUCGUUUACGAGGUAACCCACGAAGACUAUGCCACUAUCAUCGCCACAGAAGGCACAGCGUAUACCGACAUUCUAAUUCCAUGCUUCCCCCUUGCACCGCGUAUGGGUCUGCCCGAGAAACCGCCCAUCGACGUCCCCAAGCCGUUCCUCGCGCACACUCUACUCGCUCCCGCUAUCCCCGACGCACCCGAUGGAGGUAACGGCGGCAUAGGAGUCGACACCGACUCCGACAGCCCCGACAGCCCCGAGGACCCGCGGAAGAAGUGGUACUGGCGCUUCAUCAGGCCCCACUUCCGUCCGGACCCUGACUACGCUCAGCCUUCGGCGCGCUACCUGAAGCUCAUCAAGGACGGAGCCAGGGAGCACGAGCUUCCCGAAGACUACCAGGAGUAUCUACAGACCCUGCAACCCUAUCGAGUAACGAACUGGAAGCAAGAGGUUGCGAAAAUGCUCAUCGGGCUGGCUUUCGGCCCCUUCCUGAUAGUCAGCAUGCUUCUGGCAAGAAGUUUGGCGGACAAGAAAGGCCGAGCGCCCCUCUGGCUGGUUAUCUUCAUGGGCAUGGUUUUGAACUUGGUGUGGGCGGUAUACGAUGCUAUCCUGAAACCUGUUUUUGGAGACGGAGAGCGUACACAAAAGGAAGGCACCUCCGAGACAUAUACAAGGAACAGAUGGACUCGAAUGAGACCACCAACGGUGGCAGCUCGUGGGUAUGACGAGGAAAAGCUGCCCUUGUGCAACGACGGCAAGCUCAGACAUUGAUGUUCUUCCGGGUACAUUGGCAUACUACAUUGGCAUACUGCACUUCGUAAAGGCGUUGUCCAUCUUCUUUGGGAGUGGAAUGGUGAUCUAAAGGGCAUAAGCCUGCCGGUCUACGGUGUCCCUAUCUUCAUGUUUUCGUGCCAGGGCUGUGUGAUGAACCUAUAUAUGAGCACCCACAGCGAGCAUCUAUCUCUGUCUAGCGUCCAAAAUUUCGAUCGGGAAAAUUCAUUGUUCAAACGGCUCCUCCUAGAUAUAGGAUUUUCGGCUGUCAUGCAGUAGGUGCUGAGGGUACGAUUUUGGUGAAGGG